AAUAGACUUUAAAAAAAACCUUCCGAUCUCGCGAUAUCUCCCCUUAGCAACUGGAAUGUUUUCCUCGGAUACCACUGCCUUCCUCACAGACCGUAGAACAAGACACCCAUUAAGAUUGCCAUUCAGAUGCAUUCUCCUGAAGAAAGUCAGCUUUGGUGCCGUGGCCCGUCCUUGUGGUGCGUGAUCACUGAACAUGUUCCUGGGUCAGAGGUGUCAAAGAUCCGUACAGCACUGGGCCACUUUCUGGUUGACAUGUACACAGAGCUGCACACCGAGGCGGAGAUGUGGCAAAAGAUGUGGCAGGAGAGCCAGCUAGGUAGAAACCAUGGCAGCAGGGCAGGGACCCCACAUCAACAGAACUCCCCCCUGGCUGACCCCCCUGCAGUCAAAGAGCUGGUGAGAGCUGAGGUCAAGAUGUUACUACAGACUCUCAGAGAGAGAAUCAGCAAGGGGGCAAGAGAUGGUGAGGAGCUCCUGUUUCGGUACAAACCUGAGAUUGUAAACUACGCCCUCUGUCACCUUGACAGCUGCUACAGUAACUGUACCAACCUUGGAGAGAUUGACAAUGGAAGCAGACCGAGCUCUCACUGUUCAGUCCAGUCCAGUGCUGAAGAUGAGAUUGAGGCAGUGAGAGACAAGUUGAAUGUCACUGACAUUGACCAAGUGGUGGACCGCCUCAGGUCUGUCCUAAUGGAGGAAUGUGAAGUGUUGAAGAGACUGGUAAAGCACUUAAAGAGUAAUAUUAAAGAAAGGUGCAGAAGUCAAUGUGAAUUUGUUAAAUCGGAACCUACACUUGCAGAGUUGAAAGAGCUUAGAGGAGCUAUACAAAUGGACUUAGAACUUUACCCCUCUUCGUUUGAUGCUUCACCCCAGGCCUCGUCCCUUCUCCUGAAGGAACUGAAAAGCGGGUUCAGGUUGUCAGCAGGACAAAAGGACUCUGAUGAGACUCUACAAGCUUUGAACGCUACAUCAGUCCUAAAACCACAUCCACCUCUUCCUCCUUUCGGCAGUCUUAAACCUAGGCCACCAGUUGGACAUCCACUCACUAAGACCAUUCGUUCUUCCUCAUUGUCCAGGACUCAUGGUCAGCAUAGAAGUACAUCAGCCUCCAAUAAAUCAAGCAAAACGCCUAUCUGCAGCAAUAUUACCACUUCAGGGCGUGUAAACAGUCAGUUCACUACUGACCAGAUCAUGGUUCAGAGCGAAUACCACUGCAGUCCAGAGCAAGAUAGAGCUGGUCUCCACUGCAGGACCCUGACUUCUGGUCCUAGUUUCCGAAAAAAAACUCAAAGAAACUCACCUGUCCAUGAAGCCCAUCUAUCAUCCCAUCGCAGUAUUCACAGCUUGAGCAGGGAGUAUGAUUUGUCACCACAGAGGGAGAGAAAAAAUAGCUCUACCUGGAGGUCAAGAAACAGUAAUUUUACACCGUCACCCAUUCCAGCUCUCAGUCCUCUCAGCGAUGCAGGCACAUACAGCAACAGUAGUACUGACCAUUCUGGGUCCACAAUAGGGAAAUCAGAGACACAAAAUGGGCAAAGAAUAAGUACCUAUGGAAGUGGUUUAGAGUCAGCAACAGUGGAGACAGAUAACAACAGAAGGAAGAGCACUCCUGAGAGCUUUAAUUCUUCUGUCCUGUCUGAAACUGGGAGACCUGUAAAAAAGGGUGGCAGCAGAAUUGAUAGGAAGGAAAAUGGUCACCUUGAGAAGGAUGUCACCCAACAGCAAAGCUUUACUGGUCAUUGUUUUACAGAUAACUCCUCACAUCAUUCAGAAAGCAGUGGUGAACAGGGACAGUCCAAAUGCAUUCAGCCAGCAUCUAUACAGUUAAAUGGACAAUUUUUUACUUCCCGCAGAAGACCACUUGGGGGCACCACAAGCCAGUCAAAAAGUGUCCAUGAGGCACAGACAGAGCCUCAGUUUGUCAACAAGUUUUACCAGCCAGUACCUCCUACAAGAGUGUCAACAUGAAGUCAUCCCCAGAUAAAACAAAGUGCUUGGCGUUGUCUUUUCUAAUAUAUAUGUUUGAGAGCACGAUUAAUUGGUGUUGAACUGCCUAAAUGUUUUCAUUCAGUGUAUGUGGAGAAAAAGAAAUGGAAUAAUUUCACAGCUAUGCCUGGAGAACCUGGAAC